GCCGUCAACCAUUCCUUGUGACUAUGGGGAGAUUAUGAUUUUAGUCCGCGAUCUAAUGGGGAACUGUUGGAGUACAGUUUACAUAAACGGCGAGUUCAUCUCUCGUUGUUUGGACAGGGAUCUGCUGGAGUCCGAGAAAGUGUUUAUGGGCAUCGAUGAUGCCGCGGGAACGCAAUUCACGAUCCCGCUCGAAAACCCGGUGUUGUCACCAAUUAUAGAGGGAAAAUUUGUUUCUGGGGAGGAUAACAUUUGUCUGCGACAUGUAAGAGGCAGGGAGGUCACUUAUGAUGGUCUGUUCAUUAGCAUAUGGGACCCGGAUAUCACAACGCCGGAGAGGGUGCGUGACAUUGACAUAUCCGGAACUGUUAUUCCACAGAAUGGUUUGCUGCAUCACAUUCAGUACAUGCCGGCGGAGGACAUGGCAGGCAGCGAUGAUAACAGGGGCAUUUCAGAACCUCAUAUUGCACGCACAAUACAACCGGCAUAUAAGGUAAAUGGACCGCCUGCAAACACGGACGUGGCAUGUGCUGCAAACAAACCAGCUGAAGACACAGAUGCGGGAUGUGCUGUUGUGGACAAGAGCAGACCACCAAGCGGCACGAUAGACAACGAUGGUAGCCGGAAGAUUGGACGAGGAAUGAAGCGGAUGGCCACAAGCAGAAGAGGCAAUGGGGGAACACCGACGCUAGCACAGAGGGGGACGGGAGGAAAUGGGAAGGGGGGAAGACCACCAAUGGCAUGUGGACGAGGGAGAGGACGGGGGAGGGGGCAGGGAGGAGCAACAAUGGAUGGCCCGGGGGAAACACGAGGGAGAAUUGGUGGAAGCGAAGGGGUUCUGAGACGCAAUCGCCGACCUGGAAAGGCUGCUGUGGCAGAAUGCGCCGAUGGUUUUCUACAUCACAUUCUGUACAUGCCGGCGGAGGACAUGGCAGACAGCGAUGAUAACAGGGGCAUUUCAGAACCUCAUAUUGCACGCACAAUACAACCGGCAUGUAAGGUAAAUGGACCGCCUGCAAACAUGGACGUGGCAUGUGCUGCAAACAGACCAGCUGAAGACACAGAUGCGGGAUGUACUGUUGUGGACAAGAGCAGACCACCAAGCGGCACGAUAGACAGCGAUGGUAGCUGGAAGAUUGGACGAGGAAUGAAGCGGAAGGCCACAAGCAGAAGAGACAAUGGGGGAACACCGACGCUAGCACAGAGGGAGACGGGAGGAAAUGGGAAGGGGGGAAGACCACCAAUGGCACGUGGACGAGGGAGAGGACGGGGGAGGGGGCAGGGAGGAGCAACAAUGGAUGGCCCGGGGGAAACACGAGGGAGAAUUGGUGGAAGCGAAGGGGUUCAGAGACGCAAUCGCCGACCUGGAGAGGCUGCUGUGGCAGAAUGCGCCGGUUGCAACGCAUCACAGACCCUUGCAUCGCUUACAGACCAUUUGUAAGGCUAGUGAACGAGAUUGUGCAGAAAGAAAAAGUUGCAACAAAACCAAUGCGGUUCC